CACUAUUUCUGCAUCAUAUAUCUGAGGAAGACGAGAUCUGAUAAAAAUUAUCGCAAUGCGGGGCUUCAGGGUGGCAGGCAUUAUGAUACUACUGACAGUCAUCAACACUUUAUGCAAUGGGGCGAUAACACGCAAUGAUCGGCCUAAUAAGUCAGCAACUGUGCUUGGACAUGGUUCAAUAAAAGUGCAUGAUAGACCUAAUGGAAAAGAUACCGUACUUGAUGGGCCUAACGGAUCAAUAAAAGUGCUUGAUAAAGGAAAACUAACCGUGCUGGGUGGACAUAAAGUGCGUCGUGACAUUCGUGAGGCCAAUGCAUCAGUAAUAGAACAUCUUGGGCCUAAUGCACCAACAGUAAAGCCUCAUAGCUCUAUACGACGCGAGGCUAAUGCAACAGUUAUAUUGCAUCGUGUGCCUCUCACGCGAGGAAGAUCCAGACGUGAGGCAAACACAGAAAAAGAACCCAAUACAGUGAAAGCAUCAGAUGUCACUACUCUGAAGCCAGCUACUACGACACCAGCACGUCUAGGGAACAUGAUAACUGUACCCGACAACUGUCCUGAUGGAAAGAAAUACGUGAACGGAGAAUGUCGGGAGAUUUGGCAGUUAUCUAGAUAGCAACGAUAAAUAUUUUAUUAGCAACGAAUCUCAACUUCACUAUACGAUUAUGUUUAAUUUACGGUAUUUGCAUUUGCAGGCAAUGAAGAUAUAUGAAUUCUGUAACAAUAGACUAUUUGCUUAGUCAUUCAUUUAGUGU